GUUACUUAUACAGUAGAUUAUCGACGUACGGGUCGUCGGGGUGGAAAAACAGGAGAGAUCGAGAGAGAGAGAACAAUGGAGGGAGAGGGACUAACAGAAGAGGAACGAAGGGCACUCCGUGGAAGCAAAUUUGCACCGCUUCCAUCUUCUGCCCCUUCUUUCCGAUCUCAGCCCAGGCUAGCACACCCAGGCGGACCAUUGAAGACUAACAAGGCCGCUGCUUUGGCGAAAUUCCUCGAAAGAAAACUUCAAGAUCCUAAUGGAUUAGCUUCAAUAAACCCCCAGCUGGUCGAAUUGGCCGUCAAAAACGCCAAACACACAGUCCAUUCAAGUGGGAUUUCAAAUUCAGGAAGAACGGUUCAGCAUGUGAAUUCAUUUGGCGACUCUGAGUAUUCUUUUGAAGAAGAGAAAGUAAAGAAUUCCGAGUCAAAGAAACAAAAGAAGAGAAUGAAGAAGGAUAAGAAGAAGAAGAAGAAAAAGAAACAAAAGAUGUCGGAGGAUUGUUAACACAACGCUGAGAAGGCGUGAAAAGUAGUUGAAAUUAUGUUCUAGAUGGGCCUGAUGAUGGAAAAUGUUUUGCAUCUAAAGGAUUGCAAUACACAAAUGUUCGUCUACUUUUUUUUUUUUUAAAUCUCGAAUUAGGUUAUUGCCAACCAAACUAGGCUCCUUCAUUGUCAUUCGUUAGUUGAAGGGCACUAUACUUUCUUUUGGUGCAACAGAUUUCUAGACAAGUUUCACUACUCAAUUUCUGUUGUUUCUGUAAUGUUAUAACUGCUAGGAUUUUAUUUGUUUUUGUUGCUAGUUGUCAACUGUUAGAUGUUAUCAAUCAAUCCAUUCUUGUUAUUUGUUUAAGCAUGCC